AGAGGGAAUAAAGAGAGAGGGAAUAGAGAGAGGGAAUAGAGAGAGGGAAUAGAGAGAGGGAAUAGAGAGAGGGAAUAAAGAGAGGGAAUAGAGAGAGGGAAUAGAGAGAGGGAAUAAAGAGAGGGAAUAGAGAGAGGGAAUAGAGAGAGGGAAUAGAGAGAGGGGGAAUAAAGAGAGAGGGAAUAAAGAGAGGGAAUAGAGAGAGGGAAUAGAGAGAGGGAAUAGAGAGAGGGAAUAAAGAGAGAGAAUAGAGAGAGGGAAUAGAGAGAGGGAAUAAAGAGAGGGAAUAGAGAGAGAGGGAAUAGAGAGAGAGGGAAUAAAGAGAGAGGGAAUAGAGAGAGGGAAUAGAGAGAGGGAAUAGAGAGAGGGAAUAAAGAGAGAGGGAAUAGAGAGAGGGAAUAAAGAGAGAGGGAAUAGAGAGAGGGAAUAGAGAGAGGGAAUAAAGAGAGGGAAUAGAGAGAGGGAAUAGAGAGAGGGAAUAGAGAGAGGGAAUAAAGAGAGAGGGAAUAAAGAGAGAGGGAAUAGAGAGAGGGAAAAGAGAGAGGGAAUAGAGAGAGGGAAUAAAGAGAGGGAAUAAAGAGAGAGGGAAUAAAGAGGGAAUAAAGAGAGAGGGAAUAAAGAGAGGGAAUGGAGAGAGGGAAUGGAGAGAGGGAAUAAAGAGAGGGAAUAAAGAGAGGGAAUAGAGAGAGGGAAUAGAGAGAGGGAAUAAAGAGAGAGGGAAUAAAGAGAGAGGGAAUAAAGAGAGGGAAUGGAGAGAGGGAAUGGAGAGAGGGAAUAAAGAGAGGGAAUGGAGAGAGGGAAUAGAGAGAGGGAAUAGAGAGAGGGAAUAAAGAGAGGGAAUAGAGAGAGGGAAUAAAGAGAGGGAUGGUGAGGGAACGAGUGUUUAUAGCUGCUCUAACGUAAGUGCGAACAGGAAGUAACUCGUUUCUGCUAAAUGGCUAUGGUAUAAAAGGAAUAAAGCACUACAGAAUUAUUUUCAGUGGUCAGGUUUGAGAGGACAACAAACAAUAGACCCUGUGCUUUAACGUCACACACACACACACACACACACACACACAUACAUACACACACACACAGACUUCAGAGACACAAUUCAGGGUUUCUGUUUCAGCCAUUUUCAGUUUAUUCACUAGAUGAGGAAGAAGGGAGGAUGUGAUGGAAGUGAUUCACUUCUAUCUUUAUUCUCUGCUGCGGUGAUAAUGCUGCAGUUGGUUUCCUGUGUGUCUGUGUGUGUGAGUGUGUGUGUGCGUACGGUGUGUUACAGCAGCAAGAAAAACAUGGGUUUACAAUUGUGCAACUUUUCUUUUUCCUCCUAAAAUACUGUAGUUAUGUCUGAGAAAAACACUCGACUGUGUUCACACAACAGGAACUCUUGGCGGAUUUGGCGGAUUUGGCUGGAAUAUAGAGACACGAACAGCACAUCUGGAGGAAAAAAUUAAGCAGUGUGUGUGCGUGUGAGAGAGCCGAGAGGACCAGAGCCUGGAGGUCGAACCCACAAUCUGAACGUAAUCAGGCACAAUAAUGAAGAUUAAAUACACCAUCUCCUUGGUCUUCAUAGUGGCUGUGGUCAUCAUCGAGAAGGAGAGCAACAUCAUCUCAAAGGUCUCGGACAAGCUCUCUCUGAAGCAGAUGCUGCAGACUCCACUCCAGACCAGCGGAUCGUCUUGGGCAUUUCUCAGACAAAAUGGCUCCAGUGUCCCUGUCCUGUCUGAGCUUGACAUCUCGUCCUAUCUGGAAGUUAAAUGGCGUCUGGAGAACAUCACAGAGCCCAGCGAAGGCGGGAAACACAUUCUCCUAUUGGCCACUACGCGUACAGGCUCCUCGUUUGUGGGCGAGUUUUUUAACCAGCACGGCGCCAACAUGUUCUACCUGUUCGAGCCUCUUUGGCACGUGGAGCGCAUGCUAACUCUGGAGGGUGGAGGGACCAAUGGUACGGUUUUGACGCAGGCUUAUCGUGACGUUCUCCUCCAGCUCUUCUUGUGCGAUUUCUCUAUGCUGGAGAGCUUCAUCGAGCCACCACCAAAGGAUCAUGUAACGACAGGACUGUUUCGUCGCGAGUCCAGCCAGUCGCUGUGCAACGAUCCUGUCUGCACACCGUUCGUGAAGAAGGGUUACGAGCCUUACCACUGCCGCAACCGGCGUUGCGGUCCACUAAACCUCACACUAGCAUCCCAGUCCUGCCGGGAGAAGGAGCACCAUGCCAUUAAGUCUGUACGAGUACGGCAACUAGAGACGCUACGAUCGUUAGCAGAAGAUCCACGGCUGGAUUUGAAGGUUAUCCAGCUGGUCCGGGAUCCUCGAGCCAUGUUAGCGUCCCGUAUGGUGGCCUUCGCGAACAAGUACGACCACUGGAAGCGGUGGACCAUGGACGGAGACAUUCCUGAGGACGACAACGAAGUGAGGAAGCUCAGAGGGAACUGUGAGAACAUCCGCAUGUCCGCCGAAGUGGGUCUCAAACAGCCCCCGUGGUUGCGUGGAAGAUACAUGCUAGUGCGUUACGAGGACAUCGCCAUGUUUCCUAUGCUUAAAGCAACUGAGAUGUACCGGUUUACCGGCAUCCCGUUCACUGCCCAGGUGAAGGAAUGGAUCUUGAGAAACACGCAAGCAUCCGAUAAGGCUAGCGGAGUGUACUCCACCCAGAAGAACUCAUCCCAGCAGGUGGAGAAAUGGAGGUUCAGUAUGCCGUUUAAACUCGUACAGAUGGUUCAGAAGAUUUGCGGCCCCACCAUGAAUUUGUUCGGGUACACGUUUGCAGAAAGCGAAGAAAUGCUGACUGACAAAUUGAUCAGUUUGAUCGAAGAAAGGACAUUUUUAUGACCAUAGAACAUUUUUUUUCUUUUACAAAGCACUUUUACAAUUUUUAUUUAUUAUGGAGAAUCAAAGUUGAAAGAUCAAAUACACAAAACAUAUCACCUUCACAAACAUCAUGGAGGCAUGUGGAGAAAUGAGUUGGAUUAGAAAUGUUUAUCACGUACCUACAACAUUUUACUGGUCCAUAACCUGAACAUAUCAUGUAGCAUAGUGCUUUCAUUGGGUUUCUUUAAAUUAUGUAUUUAUCAUUUUUGCUGUUCAGCUGGUUCAGGUUUCAACUCCGCUACGAAUCCCGCUUUCAUCCCAGAGCUGAAACGUAAGACGUGAAAUUUUUUUUUGUAAUACCAGGAACUCCAUUGAAACAGUCCUUAUUACCAAAAAUGUAAUAAAUGUGUGUGUGUGUGUGUGUGUGUGUGUGUGUGUGUGUGUGUAUGUGUAUGUGUGUGUGCUGAUAGCCAGGAUCCAGGGGGAUGUAUUCCUUGAAGGUAACAAAAUUCAUCCUGAAUGACUGACCUGAAAUUCCGAGCUCUUGGAUUAAACGUUGGUUACCGGAUUUCCCAUAUUACCCACAAUCCCGUUGGACUACAUGCUACCAUGAUAGUGGUACAGUGGGACAUUUUCAGUUGUUGGAAUGCUAACACAAAAUUUUCUUUAAUGCAGGGGUCACCAACAUGGUGCCCGCGGGCACCAGGUCGCCCCCAAGGACCACAUGAGUCGCCUGCAGGCCUGUUCUAAAAAUAACACAACUCACCAGUGAGCUGUGUCUAAAAUUUGAUAUGCGUUUCUAAUUAAAUUUACUUAUUUAUUUUUUUAUACUGUCAAAUUUUUAUUCCCAUAUUGAAGUUGAAAAGUUAUACAGUGAGGGAAAAAAGUAUUUGAUCCCCUGCUGAUUUUGUAUGUUUACCCACUGACAAAGAAAUGAUCAGUCUAUAACUUUAAUGGUAGAUUUAUUUGAACAGUGAGAGACAGAAUAACAACAAAAAAAUCCAGAAAAACGCACAUCAAAAAUGUUAUAAAUUGAUUUGCAUUUUAAUGAGGGAAAUAAGUAUUUGACCCCUCUGCAAAACAUGACUUAGUACUUGGUUUAAAAACCCUUGUUGGCAAUCACAGAGGUCAGACGUUUCUUGUAGUUGGCCACCAGGUUUGCACACAUCUCAGGAGGGAUUUUGUCCCACUCCUCUUUGCAGAUCUUCUCCAAAUCAUUAAGGUUUCGAGGCUGACGUUUGGCAACUCGAACCUUCAGCUCCCUCCACAGAUUUUCUAUGGGAUUAAGGUCUGGAGACUGCCUAGGUCACUCCAGGACCUUAAUGUGCUUCUUCUUGAGCCACUCCUUUGUUGCCUUGGCCGUGUGUUUUGGGUCAUUGUCAUGCUGGAAUAUCCAUCCAUGACCCAUUUUCAAUGCCCUGGCUGAGGGAAGGAGGUUUUCACCCAAGAUUUGACGGUACAUGGCCCCGUCCAUCGUCCCUUUGAUGCGGUGAAGUUGUCCUGUCCCCUUAGCAGAAAAAACCCCCAAAGCAUAAUGUUUCCACCUCCAUGUUUGACAGUGGGGAUGGUGUUCCAGGGGUCAUAGGCAGCAUUCCUCCUCCUCCAAACACGGCGAGUUGAGUUGAUGCCAAAGAGCUCCAUUUUGGUCUCAUCUGACCUCAACGCUUUCACCCAGUUGUCCUUAGAAUCAUUCAGAUGUUCAUUGGCAAACUUCAGACGGGCAUGUAUAUGUGUUUUCUUGAGCAGCGGACCUUGCGCACGCUGCAGGAUUUCAGUCCUUCACGGCGUAGUGUGUUACCAAUUGUUUUCUUGGUGACUGUGGUCCCAGCUGCCUUGAGAUCAUUGACAAGAUCCUCCCGUGUAGUUCUGGGCUGAUUCCUCACUGUUCUCAUGAUCAAUGCAACUCCACGAGGUGAGAUCUUGCAUGGAGCCCCAGGCCGAGGGAGAUUGACAGUUCUUUUGUGCUUCUUCCAUUUGCGAAUAAUCGCACCAACUGUUGUCCCCUUCUCACCAAGCUGCUUGGCAAUGGUCUUGUAGCCCAUUCCAGACUUGUGUAGGUCUACAGUCUUGUCCCUGACAUCCUUGGAGAGCUCUUUGGUCUUGGCCAUGGUGGAGAGUUUGGAAUAUGACUGAUUGAUUGCUUCUGUGGACAGGUGUCUUUUAUACAGGUAACAAACUGAUAUUAGGAGCACUCCCUUUAAGAGUGUGCUCCUAAUCUCAGCUCGUUACCUGUAUAAAAGACACCUGGGAGCCAGAAAUCUUUCUGAUUGAGAGGGGGUCAAAUACUUUUUUCCCUCAUUAAAAUGCAAAUUAAUUUAUAAAAUUUUUGACAUGCGUUUUUCUGGAUUUUUUUGUUGUUAUUCUGUCUCUCACUGUUCAAAUACAACUACCAUUAAAAUUAUAGACUGAUCAUUUCUUUGUCAGUGGGCAAACGUACAAAAUCAGCAGGGGAUCAAAUACUUUUUUCCCUCACUGUAGUUGAAAGGUCAGUUCGUGGAGAGUAAGCUAGCGGGCGCAGCGAAGACGGGUGGGCUGAAUGCGGUUUCUUGCCCCAAAAACAUGGCCGAAAAAAGAAAGAAAACUUAUAAUUUUCACAGUGAAUGAUAGCAAGAGUUCUUUUUUACUACUGUGAAAGAAACCUGCGUGUGUUUAAUUUGCGGGACGACGGCAAAGCGGCACAAUGUGGAGAGACACUUCACUACGUGUCACAAAAGCUACCAUGCUAACUACCCACUGGGCAGUGCACUACGGGCAGAAAAAGCCCGUGAGCUAAAGGCAGCUUUGGGUAAGCAGCAGUCUUUUUUCACGAGGCCGGCGAAAAACACCCAAAAAGCAACCGAAGCCUCGUUUAGAGCUACGCAUUUUACGCAUACGCAUUAGAGCUACAACAGCAUCAUACGCAUUAGAGCUACAACACUACCCACAAGCUAGUGUUGUGGGUUUUGCAUCGUUACUUGCUCGGCGCAGAAUAUUGUUGUCUUGGACCUCUCCACAACCCCCCUCUAUAUCAGUCUGGCUUAAAGACUUAAUCUUCUUUUUAAAACUUGAAAAAAUCAAGUACAACAUCAGAGGCAGGGGUGAAUCAUUUUUGGGAAAAUGGCAACAAUUUAUUACCUACUUCAAUGAUGUAUGCACCCUGGAGGUGGAUUGACGAGAGGUAGACGUAAACACUUUUUUUCUUUUUCUUUGAAUGUUUGUUUGUUAUUGUCUUUUGUUUCCCCCUUUCUUUUGGUUUUGGCUGUGGUUGUUUUGUUGGGGUUGUUGGGUGUGGUGUUAUAAUGUGUAAAAUGCAAAUUUCCAAUAAAAAUUCUAUGAUCAAAAAAAUAUAUAUAUUGAAAAAUUGUGUUCAGUUCAAAAGUGUGUUCAUGAAAUGUAACAGAUAUGAUUUUGUUAAAAAUGCCACAGAUUUGGUCAUUAGUUCAAAAUGUGAUAAGAUUUAUUUAAAAAUAUGAAAGUUGAUUUUUCUUAAACAUCACAUAAUUGUUAACUUUUUCAAAUAUGGUGCAGCAUAGUUCAUGAUUUGUUAAAAUGGUUUGCCAGUGGCUAGUGACAAUGGGACAUUAUUCCUAUGAAAUGUUGUAGAAGUGAUCAUCUCAAAAUUUAAAUAAUUGCUGAGAUUAAUAGAAAUAAAGUGUUGAAUAUUGAUAUAGUAUCAUUUAUCAUUAAUAAUAAUAUAUAACUAAAGGCAAACUGAGCAAAUUUGUUAUUUCAGAAGAGUGUAUCAAACUGGUAGCCCUUCGUAUGACUCAGUACCCAUGA